AUGGCGUUUAGAAAGAACAAGCAGUUCUUGCACUAUCCGAAGGAUCAUGGUGCCUUCGGUCCUUUCGUACCAGCACUGUCUACACCAUUGUGUGACUGUGGGUUACUGGCCUUUGUGAGCCAGUCAAGGCAUCCAGAGUUAGAUGGGCGUGCUUUCUACGGAUGCAACUUCUUUAGGUGGAUCGAUGGCCAUGAGAUGUUUGAUCCGCUGAUUAGGUUGUUUCCUUACAACCCAUGGAAGAGCUGGCCAUAUCUUGAGUUUGUUCGUUGGGUUGCGCCGCCACCAAACCCUUCGGAAAUGACAGAGGGAGAGAAGGUUGACGCAGCAUUGAAACGACUUGCCAAUCCUCCUCGUUGCCACUGUGGACUGUCAGCGAUUCUGACAACUCCUAGCCAGCGUGGUGCCUUCACUCCCUUCUACCGGUGUGGAUUGCCUGAUUAUAGAGGGUUCCCAUCUUGUGACUUUGUAGAGUACAACUAUGGACCCAAAUCACACUGGCCUUCUGAGUAUGAAUUUGCAGAGUUUGAAGCAGGCAUUAAGCCAUGGCCAUGCACAAAGAUGCCAGACCGUAAGUGCAAGUGCGGCAUCAAGGCUCGCGAAGGAGUUGUUCUGUCUGAGCUAGGAUAUGGAUACUACUGUGGCAAUGCUUAUGGAGGGCCGUCUGAGUUCUGGGUGGGUUGA